CUACCAUAACGCCUGAUGUCAGCACUUUGGGUCUCUGAAAUCAUAAUUUUGACUAAAGAACUGUGGCCAUCAAAUUCUCACUUUUUUCUGAAUCCGAGUAUCUGAUAAGAUUAUAAAUCCGCGACUGCUACCUUGAUCAGGCGGACGAUUACGGGAAGAUCGGGGAAGCCCGCGAUAUUACAUUUCGUAUAGUCCUUGGUGUUCUGUAUUACCGUUGGCGCAGCGUGAACAAUGGCCUCUACCAGUCAGAAACACCGUGCUUUCCAGGAUGAACCCAUUGGAGAGAAGCCCGUGACAGCGUUGGCCGGAAUUGGGGAUGUGCUGGGAGAACGUUUGGUGGAAAAAGGCUACGAUAAGGCGUAUGUUGUUCUGGGCCAGUUUCUGGUGUUGAAAAAGGAUCAAGAACUGUUCCAGGACUGGCUGCACGAUACCUGCAAUGCCAAUGCUAAACAACAGAAGGACUGCGCGGAAUGCCUCAUCGAAUACGUCCGCAACAACUUGUAAGGAUGAUCGAUCGACCUCAGUUGGAUGUCCUCGUAUUUUGGGAAAAGCAGCCAUGUCGUAAGAUCCUCGUUCGAUGUUCAGUUAGCUUAGUUUACUUACUUUCUACUUAUCUCAACGGAAAGAAUCCAUGUCGUCGCAAAUCACUUUCCAUAUUUAUGUUUUUCACCAUUUGUUAAAGUUUUAUCGUGUUAUGUUUCCACUCAGUUUUCCAAAAGUGAGAAAUUUCUAAGCCGUGUUGCUGGGACUGUUUUGAAUUAAACUCGUCAAAAUGG